GAUAUGGGAAGAGUUUGUGCUUUCAGUUUCCACCUGUGUACACUGGAGGUAUUGGUCUAGUAAUCUCCCCCCUUAUUUCUUUGAUGGAGGACCAAGUACUACAACUCAAAAUGUCAGGAGUUCCAGCUUGCCUGCUUGGAUCAGCACAGUCAAAAAAUAUCAGAAAGGAAAUCAUAGCGGGCCAGUAUAGAGUUGUCUAUUUAACUCCGGAAUUCUGUUCAGGGAACCUCUUGUGGCUUCAGCAAAUUGACAAAGCAAUUGGCAUCACAUUAAUAGCGGUUGAUGAAGCUCACUGUAUUUCGGAGUGGGGACAUGACUUCAGGGAUUCUUUCAGGUCUUUGGGGUUGUUAAAGAAAACCUUUCCUAAGGUUCCUAUUGUUGCGUUGACUGCAACAGCAAGCCCUUCCAUUAGAAAGGAUAUAAUAGACUGUUUAAAUUUAAGUACUCCUCACAUUACUUGCACUAGUUUUGACCGGCCUAAUCUAUACCUAGAAGUUAGACGAAAAUCUGGAAAUAUAAUCCAGGAUUUAUUGCAGUUCCUUAUUCAGAAAGACAAGUCUAUGUAUGAAUUUGAAGGCCCCACUAUUGUUUACUGUCCAUCAAGGAAACUUAGUGAACAAGUAGCUGUGGAGCUAAGAAAAUUAAAUCUUGUUUGUGGUAUAUACCAUGCUGGCAUGGGAAUCAAGGCAAGACAAGAUGUUCACCAUAAAUUCAUGAGAGAUGAAAUUCAGUGUGUAGUAGCUACUAUAGCCUUUGGAAUGGGCAUUAAUAAAGCAGACAUUCGGACAGUUAUACAUUAUGGAGCCCCAAAGGAAAUGGAAUCAUACUACCAGGAAAUUGGAAGGGCUGGUCGUGAUGGGCUUCCGGCCUCUUGCUAUGUAUUUUGGACUCCAGCUGAUAUGAAUUUUAAUAGACACCUGAUCAGUGAGAUACGUGAUGAUACCUUUCGCCUGUACAAACUGAAGAUGAUGGCCAAGAUUGAGAAAUAUCUCAGCUUAAACAGCUGCAGGCGAAAAAUCAUCUUGUCUCAUUUUGAAGACAAACAACUCCGAAAGGCAUCGUCAGGCAUCAUGGGAACAGAAAAAUGUUGUGAUAAUUGCAGAUCAAGGAACAUUCACUAUGCUCCUGUAGUUGACACACAAGACAGUUUUGAAGACUUUGGUCCACAAGCAUACAAACUGAUGUCUGCAAUAUGUGCUUUAAAGGAGAGAUUUGGCAUGGGUGUUCCAGUACUGUUUCUCAGAGGAUCUUCUUCUCAGCGUCUCCCAGACAAAUUCCGGACUCACGAUCUGUUUGGUAGUGGGAAGGACUGGCCAGAGAACUCAUGGAAGGCACUGGGUCGACGUCUCAUCUUUGAGGGUUUUCUUAAAGAAGUUUCUGGUCAAAACAAGUUUUCAGUCAUGUGCAUGCUUACUGAGAAGGGUAAAGAUUGGCUCAAUGAAGCAAGAAAAUUGCCAGGGCAGAGUCUUUUACUUCAGUCUGAUGAGGAACUAUGUUUAAAGAAAUCUACUGCAAGCUAUAAGCAAACUUCUGUAGAGGCAGGACGUUUCUCCAGUGCUGGGUUACCUCAGUCGACACCCAGGAAACAGAAGACAUCUCUGCAUGAAAUGUUUUCCUAUUCAGAAGUUAGUAAGACCUCCAGCUGGAGUAGCCUUUCAGAUAAAAGUGCCACUGUGCCAUUGUCACUGCUUUGUGUCCCUCUGAGUGCUACAGAAACUGUUAUAUCUGAAAGGGAGAAGGAAUUACAGACGGUACUAUAUGGCAAGUUAGUGGCAGCCAGGCAGAAACUUGCUAGUGAAAAAGACAUCCCUCCUGCUGUACUUGCAACAAAUAAAGUGCUGGUUGAUAUGACUGUGACAAGGCCUACAACUGUGGUAAUUAUGAAGAGGAUUGAUGGCAUUUCUGAAGCGAAAUCUACUAUGUUGGCUCCUCUUCUAACCAUAAUCAAGGAAUUCUGUCAGACAAAUAAUUUACAGACAGAUAUCUUCAAGAAUUCUGAAAUGAGAGAUCAGCCAGAUACAGUCCUUCAAGUGGACAACGGGAAUAACACCCUUACAGAAUCAGAACAUAAAACUUACACAUUGUUUCAAGAUAAUAAUACGUCCAUGGAGGAUUCGGUGAAGCCACUUAUUCAGAAACCCAGCUCUGAGUCCUGUGGAAAUAUAAAGCAAAAUACCUCAUGUACAGAUUCUUUAUCCUGGAUACAGUGUAAUAAAGAAAAGCAAGUCCUUAGUGCUGAACAGGAUGUCCAGAACCCUCAGAGUGCCAUCAGAUUGGCUACAUGGAACCAGCACUCAGCUAAUGUUGAGGAAGAUUUGUUUAUUGAUUCCCAGUCAGAGCUGUUAAGUCAGCCUUCAAAGAGGAAAUUGCCAGAGUGGUUUGGAACUUCAAAGGAAAUAGUUCCUCAUGUUAAAGCAUCUAAAAAAUCCAGAGGAGGAAGCAAAGGGCUCUUCAGUUGAAGCUGGAAAUAGCAUAACAGUGUAUUUACACAUAACAACUGACUAAAGUUUGGCAUACUUCCACUUCAUUCCAUUUGACUCAAGUGAAUUUUACAUUAAUACCUCUUCCAGAACAAUUUCUGGGACUUAUCAGACUCUGAAAGUGAGCCCAGGCAAAGAAAGAAGAAAAAGAGUAAUAUAUUAAAUCAGAUUGCACAUUGCAAGGAGUAUUCCUCAUGGUAUACGCAUUACAUUUUGACGUGGUGGAAAGCUUCUUCCCAAAUUUAAUCACCUAUUAAGGAGGAUAUGAUCUGAAACCAUGUUCAGGAAUAGCUGAAUUCUCAAAGGUAUAUAUGUACUAUAUGAUUCUUUUUCAAAUGCAUGCUGACAUUAGGAGGAGGACUGUAUUUCCAUGAAAUGGGCAUGCCCAUAUUUUUUAUUUGUACACAUUUUUAAGGAAGAUAUUCCAAUGAAAAAUAUGAUUCAACAGCAGGACACUGGUGCAGUGCUACGUAAAUUCUUAAUAUUGUUGACAUUUUUUUUCUUUUGCAAUUAAUUUUGGCACUUUAUUACAAGAAAUAAAACUUGCUUAUUAAUAAUUGUGAUUCAGUUCAGUGUUUGGGUUGACAUGAGAAUAA